AUGAGGGAUGUACUAGCGAGCUUCAUCGAAGCAAGUGCCGCCCGCGGGGCGUGGGAGUCCGCGCUAGCUGCGUGGAACACUGCUUUGUUUACUAAUAGUAGAGAGGUGUCUUCUAACCAUACACUGUUACUCACCCGUGUGUUGGCGCAGUACAGCCGCUGGCGUGAAGCGGUGGCUGUGGCUACCAGUGCGGAAACAGCAUUGUGCAGUAGGCAGCUUGCCGCUCGGCGCGUGGCAUUAUUGGCAACGAUAAAGGCGGGCAGUUGGAGGGAGGCCUGUCAGCAAGUGCUCAGUGUCCGGCGCUACCUUGAAAAUAGCGCAGCAAUAGGCCCCUCAGUCGGUUACACUGAGGAGGCUGAGAUCAGUAAAGAGCUCUACCUGGUUGUGGAGUUGAUUGAGCAGGAUCUGUUGCAAGGGAUCCCCACUGAGCAACGUGGGCUUUGGGACCCUGUUGUUGGUUGCUUACGGGGGAAGGUAGAGCGCCACCCUCCGAAACAAGCCGGAGAAUUACGUCGGUGCAUUCCUGAUGUUGAAAACACCACAAGGAGUGAUGAAUACCAAAUGAGGUGCGGUAGUGAUGCUGAUCACGUGACUAAUAACGAAGAGCUAGUUCAUAUUCUUCGCAAGCCAAAGGAGCGCAAUUCGUGGUGCGGUGCACUUCGGCUUCUGUUGGACAUGCAGCACCCUAACGCUGCCUCAGUUAAUAUUGUGAUUACCAUUUUAAAGUCGCAAGGUCGUGAAGCGGAAGUACUUAGGGUGGUCAACGACUUUAUGGUGUCGCGGAAGAUUCAACCAACAGCAAUAACGGUGAAGGCUGUAUCAGAGGCCGCAAACACCAUGCGGUCCCUUCCCCUUUGUAUAUCCAUUCUUGACAACCCGUCGAUGCGGGGCAAACUUACAGCUCAGUCAGCCGUUCCAAUGGUAUUGGCACUGCAGCGGCUUGCUGAGUGGAAAAGAUGUCUUGAGUGGUGGUCCUCCGUGCCUCCACCCACUACACUUUCGGGCGAGGGAACCACUGACUACAACUCCGGCGGUGUACCAAAUCUUCGGCGGCAUCUUAAGCUAAGCAGCUACGUUGCCGUCUGUUUGGCGGGUGGGGGAUGCUGGUUAGAUGCGCUCGCGGCUCUUCAUUACGCUGCGCCAUACGACCCACCCCUCGCGAUUCUGUUCUCCCUCCGCGCACUGCGAGUGGCAGGAAAUUGGGAGGCUGCUGUGACGUUACUGCAUAAAAAUUGCUCAGUAUGGAAAGGGUCAAAGGUAACGCUUCAGGUCCUGGACGUCGUCACAGAACAGAAUGCAGAGAGUUGGAUCCCGCCGCACGUUGUGCAUAUGUUGCGGGGAUUAUUUCGCUCGUAA